CGUGAAUAAUCCGUCCGCCAUCAUCGAUGCUUUCUUGCUCAUCAAGAUGUUUCAUUUUAUUAUAUAGGUAGCAAGGUUGGAGGGUUCUAGCCAGCGCGAUUCUACCACCACAAUUUCUUUGCAAUGUCUCCCCAACAGAAAGCUCUUUUACUUCCGAAAAAGCAGGGCAACUUUGAGAUUGGCUCCCGCAGCAUCCCCAGUCCUGGUGCUGGGGCGCUCUUGGUCAAGAUUCACUCUGCUGCUCUGAACCCGGUUGACUACAAGAUCAAGGACCUCGGGUUUUUCGUGACCGAUUACCCUGCAGUUCUGGGGUCGGAUAUUGCUGGCAUUGUCGAGGAAGUAGGGGAAGGUGUCGACAAUUUCCGCAAAGGCGAUAGAAUAUUGGCGCAUGGCAAAUUCAGUAACGACUUUGCUGCGUUUCAGCAGUAUACCUUGACCGAUGCGAGGUUUACAGCAAAGGCAAGUUACGAAAAGAUUCCUUCAAGCGAAUCUUUCGAUAGCGCGGCGACUGUUCCUCUGGGGUUAGAUACUGCGCUGGUGGGGUUGCAUGGAAAUCAUUUUGGAGCAGGGUUAACCCCUCCUUGGACGAAAAGCGUUGGCGAAUCAAAGAAACCUAUUGUCGUCAUUGGCGGUUCUUCCUCUGUAGGUUUAUACGCUAUCCAACUUGCUCGUCUGUCGGGAUUUUAUCCUAUCAUUACUACAGCCUCUCCGAGUAAUGAAGAACUUGUCAGGAAGUACGGCGCAACCCACUUUUUUGAUCGCAACCUUUCCGGCAAAGAAGUGAAGGCCGCCAUCAGCAAAAUUACUGACAGCGCUAUCGGAAUUGUUUAUGAUGCCAUCUCGUUGCCAGAAACACAGUCCGUUGCAUGGGAAUUACUUGCAAACGAUGGUACCCUCGUAUUAACCCUUCCUGCAUCAGUCAAGGAGGAUGAAGGCAAGGGGCGCAAGGUCAUCUCGACCUUCGCGGGUCCACAUGACCCCCAAAAUGAAGAGCUGUGCAGCAGCUCCUGGGCUGUAGUCGAAAAGUGGCUUUCAGAGGGUACUAUACAGCCGAACAAGUAUGAGGUUCUCCCGAACGGGCUUGAAGGUAUCAUCGGAGGACUGGAAAGGAUGAAAUUGGGACAGGUGUCUGGAACGAAGUUGGUUGCGCAUCCUCAGGAAACACAGUAAAUACAGGGUUGUCGACUUAUUCCGCGAUGCCGAGUAUCACGUUGUUUGCAUUGAGCUCAAUGACACGAUAUAAUUGUGCAAUACAACAGCUGUCACAAUUUCUAGUAUGUACUGGGCAAUGUCGCGAGGAGAGCUCUUACUGGAAG